AUGGCUUGGAUUCCUGUGGUCACUUAGGGUCCCGGGAGGGACGGGUCCAGGGCCAGCCACGAGGAUUGGUCCAGGACCCACACAUACAUCAGAUUUCGCCCUCCUCUGUCAACCUUCUAAAUCCCAAUGAGGUCAUAGCAAUGAGAGAGAAUCAGAUCAAGAGAGAGGGGGAGGAAGAGGACGAGGACGACGGAGAAAAAACCCAGACGGAAAGAGGCCAUCAGACAAGGUCGCCUUUGCUGGCGACACAGCAGCCGCGAGGAGGAGCGUGGUGCUGAAUACCAUCCGCCCCGCGGAGCUCGAGGAGCGCUGCGCGUUGCCACGAAAACAAAGGCGAGGAGGCGAGGGGGAGACGCGGAGGGAUGCUCUGAGCCUUGGACCUCCGGGGAGCAGCGCUCAGCCUGCAGGAAGGGCAGGGCGUCCACAGGUCUGAGGCUGAGCAGGGAGCCGGCUCCCUGCGGAGACCCGGACGCGGCAGAACUCUGGACAGCGCCUCGCGAGCGCAGCUCCAGCCCAGGCUCCCGGGUCCGGCUCCCUGAAUGCCCGGCUCCUGCCUCGCUCUCUCCCGGACUCCCACCCCCAGCCCAGCAAGACUCCUCUCCAGUCCUGGUCUGAACGUGCCAGGGGGUGGAACAGCUCUUUCGCCUCUGGUCGGGGCCAGGGAAGAGGAUAUCUGGUUCUGAAAACCCAGUCGUGGUGGAUAAAUGUUUUGCUGGUGAAGAAACAAAAGUUUUGGGAUCUGGUAGGGGGUGAAGGGGAAGGAGGAUUGUGGAAGACAGAAGGUGGACGGUUGGUUUCCCUCUCUGAUCUGGAAGGAAUGAUGACCCAGGAAGGAUGUGCACCAGCGGCCAGAUUAUUGGGAGCCUCUUGGUGCUCUCUGUGCUGGAGAUAGGGCUGGGGGUGUCCAGCGUGGCCGUGGGGGCGGUCAGCUUCAGCCUGGCCCUCCGAGAGCACAAGCCUCAGCUCGGAGACUCGUCCCCGGUAUGGAGCGGGGUGUGUUUUCUCCUUUGUGGCAUAUGUGGGAUAUUGUGCGCCAAAAAAAAAUCAGGACUUGUCAUGAUCCUCUUUUCAGCCUGUUGUAUCUGUGGACUCAUUGGGGGCAUCCUAAAUUUUCAGUUCCUUCGGGCAGUCACAAAGAAGACUUCUUCCUUGUAUCCUCUGCAUCUGGCCUCCAUGUCCCUGGCGUGCAUUGGGAUUGGGGGCUGCACUCUGUCCUCCUGGCUCACCUGUCGCCUGGCCAGCUAUGAACAGAGGAGGAUGUUCUCCGAAAGGGAGCACUCCUUGCAUCACUCUCAUGAAAUGGCCGAGAAAAGAUUGAGGGCUAUUGAAAUAACCGACUUGCCCAGCUGUCCGGUGGUACCCCCGACACCAGAGUUACCUACAAGGAAAUGACAGACAACAUGAGCAAUGGAGGACCACAACUGAUAUUUAAUGGAAGACUAUAAUCAAUGUCUUAAAAAUUGAACACUGUAGUAUGUUCAUAUGAGGCAAGGAGAUAUCAGAGGAUUAGAGGAUAAAAUAAAAUGGCUCUUACAAUUUGUUUUAUCUCUCUUGAGUAGCCACUAAAUUUUUUCUUCCUUAAUUUUGUGUCAAGUAUUCUCCAGCCCUUUUGAUGGGGCAGAGAACUUUCCAGAAAUGUCCUAGCUUAGUAAUUUUAACAGACUUUCCAGAUUGUUCUAAAGAAGACUUUUCAGGAAAAAUGUAAUGAAACAAAAAUAAGAUCCACAUUCUUCAAAAACACUAUUUGAGUAGCAUGAGUAAUAGAUUUGUAAUUAUAUAUUUCAUAUGAGUAACUGAAAAGUACAAAUAUCAAGGAAUAACAAUAACAUGUUGAUGUCUUUGUUUUGAAAGACAGGUGGCUUCCAGAAUGCCACAAUUCAAAACCUCAGCAAUGCCUUGUUAUAAAAAACAUUGUAAUUAUUUUCAAUUUGUGAUUGGAUUAUAUUUCAUAAUUUAUUUGUAAAUUACAAAAACAUAAAGCAUAAAGAAGAGAUUUUUUAGAGAGAGAAUAUUAAUCUGUAUGAUAUUUUUGCAUUUUUGAACAAGAGUGAAAAGUUGUAAGUAAAUAUUCUAUAAGAAAAUUCCACAUUUUGAUCAUAUUGUGCAGACCGACCUGCAUGUUCAUGAAUGAGCCUGAGAAUAAAGUAUGUAUGUAUCUAUACUGUGAAUAUAAAAUAAUAUAUACAGCAUAUAUUUAUAGUUACAUGAAUGAAUAUAAAGAGGUUGUACAGAAGAAAUCAUGAUUCUCUGAAGGGAUUCGAACAGAGACGAGAAGGCAAUUGCUCAAAGCAUUUCUUUCUUUUCUUUUUAUCGGGGAAAAGUGGGGGGCUUUUUGAGACAGGAUCUCACUAUGCAGUUUGGGGUAGCCUUGAACUCACUUUGUAGCCAGGCUGGUCAUGAACUCGCAGUGAUCCUCUUGCCUCAGCAUCCCCAGUGCUGGGAUUACAGGUGUGUGCCACCACGCCUAGCCCUCAAGGCUUUUCUAUGCCCAUAAAAAAAUAACAUUGAAUUUCUACCAAAUUUGUCAGUUUUUCUUCUAUUAUUAUAUCUAUUAUAUAUAUUACUGUUGCUGAUAUUUAUGGAACUAAUUGAUCUGAAUAGUGUAAUAUAAAUAUAGAUUAUGUAUGCAGUUAUUUUACUGUUAUGUUAUUUAUGUAAUAAGUAUUAAGAUUUAUUUAUAAACACAACUCUAAAUGAUAUAUUUUCAUACAUAUAAGCAAGACAUUAUGGAUCACAAUCAUUCAUGAUAAUUAUAUUUCAAACACUUAGCAGACCAGUUAAAUUAUGCAGAAGGUCAGAUGGUAUAACCCCAGAUAAAGUUAAAAUUAGCUUUGCUAUGAUUUUGAGGUGUUUUGUUUUCUUUUAUUUUACAGUUUAUAUGUAAUAAUACUUAGAGACAAUGUUCAAGAAAGCAUAUAACCAAAGAAUCUGAAAACGCUCUCUGUAAAAGAAAAUAAAAUGACAAAUUGAUAUCCAUAUAGCUAGAUUUAAUCAUUUUCCAUAAUGGAAUGUUAAAACACCAACCAAUCAUACAUAUAGGCAAGGAAAUAGCAUAAUUUUGAAAAUAUUUGUAAAAAUACAGUAUCUGUCAACAGGCAAAAAAUCUAAUAUUUUAAACUAUAUAACUCCUAAUGUAUGUGCAUUUUAUUAUUCCCCAAAGCUAAUUAAUUUUCAAAUAAUUUUUAUGAGUUACUUACUGAACUAUAGGUAAAUUAAAUUAGAACAUGCUAUAAUCUGUAAACAGACUUAGGUUUUCAUUAUGCUAAGAAAUAAAAAUUUGGGGGUUAGUCACAAUCUUUUUCUUUUUGUUUUGCAACAUGAAUAUAAUUUAAUAUAUUUGAACAAAUUUUAAAAGUUUAAUGUCAUUCUUCAGAAACAACUGGACUACAGUUAUUCCAUGUAAUUUUUGAAGUCUCCCAACUAAUUUGGAUCACUUCGUUAUGUAAUACACUAUAAAUACCCAUAAUUGCGAAUUAUAAUAGUGAAUCAACAUCAUUGUUGUUCAUUUGGUUCCACACCCUAGUAUGAUACUUCCCACUGGAAUUAUGAAGUAUAAAAUGCAGAAAUUUUGUAGGUACCUGAUUCUAAAUUUGAGCAAGAAUGUAAUUUCUUACUGAAAGAAUAAACCACCACCUCCAAUUUCAGUGGCAUUUCUCUGUCAACAUGUUUGUGCAAUACAAGAUUAUAAUACAUUAGUAAGAUAUUUUGAGGUCUUUUGAAUUAAUUUAUAAAAUCAUACAUUAAAAGACAAAAGUAAGUGUAUCACUGCUUUGACAUAAACUUACAAAGAGAUGCAAUCAUUGCAGUUAUCCAAAUAGUCCACAGUGUAAUUUUAAGCAAGUGUAGGUAUAUAUUUUAAUGUAAUUAUUUCAACUUAAUGUUUUCAGGGAUCAAUUUGGCAUUUAUUUGUAAUAUCUAUUUGGGAUGGGUAGUGAUUCUUGAGAUCAGUGAGUGAAGCUCAGAAUAUAUUGUUCAGUUAAUGAAAAUUUAAUUUUGAUGACAUUCUGACUAUGAAAUAGAAUUUUGUAAGUGACUAUAUUAUAGUUUUAGUAUGAACCUACUCUUGGGAAAGUAAUGUGGCAUUACAUUAGGGGAAAAUGUGUGCAAAUGGUUGUGAAGGUAUGCUUCAGAGACGAGCUGAAAAGACGUGGCAUUACAAUAAGCAUAAAAGAAUCAAAGUGGACUCUCGUUAGAAAUUUUAAAAUGUGUAUGUGUUUAUGUAUAUGUGUGUGUGUACAGAUAUACACACUCAUAAUGGUUUUAAAGUGGAAUGAUGACUCUACUGAUAAGUCUCUGUAAUAAAAUGGUGUGUUUUGAAACUA